AUGUCUAAAUAAUUACAAAAUGAGAAAUAAUAAAAUGUAAUCCAAGCUUCAGGUUUGCAAGAAGCAUAUGAAUACUUGCUUAGGCAACUAUGUAAGAAGGGUUUGCCUACUGGGAAUGUUUACGAAUUUUCUGCUCAGACAAUCUUGAAAUAUGAGAAAAAAUUGAAAAAUUAGAAUAUAUAAAAUAAAGCUCAGCAGGCAGCUAAAGAGGCACAUGAAAAAUUUGUGAAAAAGAUGUAGGACAAAGAACAAAAGAAUUAAGAAGAAAUUUCAAAGUACGAAUUGGCAUUUAGAGAGGAAUAAAAGAGGAGAGAAUUAAAUCAUCAAUCUAUCUCUUAAGAGCCAGUUCAAAGACAGAGUAUAGAUAAAUAGAGUUUGGAUUUGAAAAACUAAUAAAUUGAGAAAGUUGAUUAGUCUCCACCAAAAGGAUAAAAAAACAAAUAAGACCCAUAGUCAUCGCCCCCGAAAUAAGAAGUUAAAGUAUAGAAAUAAGAGUCGGAACAGAAUGCUUAACAGUAAUAAUAAAAUCAACAACAACAACAGCAACAACAAUAAUAAUAAUAAUAAUAAUAAAAUACUAAUAAAAAGGGAGCAGUUUAGAAUUAAAAAAAAGAUACCAAGAAACAACAAAUUUAGAAUGAACAAUCUAUAUUAAAAGAAUUAAAAUUAGAAGAAUAAAAGGACUAAUAAAAAUAAUAAGAAUAAUAAUAGAAACAACAAGAUUAAUAAUCAUAAAAAUAAUCAGAAUAAUAAAAGCCGCAAGAAUAGUAAUAGUAAUAAAAUAAAGUAAAUGAAGUCAAUAAAGAAUAACCUAAAGAAUAAUAGAAGUAAGAUAAUAAAAAAACAAGCAAAAAAAAGUGA